CCUUCUUCUUCUUCAUUCUUCUGCUCUUUUUCUUCAAUCACAAAUCAAAGCGUUGAAUCCUCACUCACUCUCAAGUUCUCAACUCUUCAAGCUCAAUUUGAGUUCUCCAUCUUCAAAUCUUCCUCUCCUUCAAGUCGUCACAACUCAAAGCGCCACUCUUUGCUAUUCCUUGACUACAGAAGAGAAUAUAAGCAUAUAACUAAAGCAGAAUAGAAAAAGCAAGCCCAAUAGAAAACAAUGGAGAAACCUUACAAGAAGCAAGUGUUGCUCUUUUAUUGUGUUGAAGCUGAAGAACUUGCUCGUAAAGUUGCUGCUCAAUCUGAUCUUAUCAAUCUUCAAUCCAUUAAUUGGAGGAGCUUUGAUGACGGUUUUCCAAAUCUUUUCAUAAAUAAUGCACAAGAUAUAAGAGGCCAACAUGUUGCCUUUUUGGCUGCUUUUAGCUCACCAGCAGUCAUAUUUGAGCAACUGUCUGUUAUAUUUGCUCUUCCGCGGCUAUUUGUUGCUUCCUUCACAUUGGUCUUACCAUUUUUUCCAACUGGAUCCUUUGAGAGAAUGGAAGAGGAAGGAGAUGUUGCCACAGCUUUUACAAUGGCAAGGAUAUUAUCCAACAUUCCAAUAUCCAGGGGUGGACCAACUAGUGUGGUCAUAUAUGACAUACAUGCUUUGCAGGAAAGGUUUUAUUUUAGUGACAAUGUACUACCAUUGUUUGAAACUGGCAUCCCCCUGUUGAAGCAGCGCCUUGAUCAACUCCCGGAUGCUGAAAAGAUAGUAGUUGCAUUUCCAGAUGAUGGAGCAUGGAAGCGAUUCCACAAGCAGCUAGAUCAUUUUCCUACGGUGGUUUGUGCAAAGGUUCGUGAAGGUGAUAAACGGAUAGUGAGGCUUAAGGAAGGCAACCCUGCUGGCUGUCACGUUGUCAUUGUUGAUGACUUGGUACAAUCUGGUGGCACUCUUAUUGAAUGUCAGAAAGUAUUGGCUGCGCAUGGUGCAGUGAAGGUUAGUGCUUAUGUGACCCAUGCUGUAUUUCCAAAGGCUUCAUAUGAGCGUUUCACGCAUAAAAAUGAUGGUUCAGAGAAAGCAUUUAGUUACUUUUGGAUCACGGAUUCUUGCCCUCGUACUGUAAAGGCAAUUGCAAAUAGAGCUCCUUUCGAAGUUCUGAGCCUUGCUGGGUCGAUUGCUGAUGCUCUUCAAAUAUGAAAAAGAUACAGAGCUAUUUGACCGGAAUAAGUGAUUAUGUAAGGUUAUGUGAGUUUGUAUUAUGUCAUGGUUACAUCAAGGAGAUAUAACCGUAGCUAUUACUCAGUUGAAAAACAGAUUUAUGAGGCAGAGUUGCUUUGCAACCUCCUUUUCAGCUUCGAUUUCAUUAGGUUCAGUAUCGGUAUUAACCGUAGCUAGAUCAGUUAUUGUUAAGACAGGUGAACACUUCAUAACUCUGAAGGUGCUAUUACUCAGUUAUUAUGUCCUAGUUGUUGGGUAUAAGAUGAAAAAAGUAUCAAGAUAAUUUUAUUGCUUUACAAAUAAAAA